AUGGUAUCUGUUCUUCAUCGAUGCCCGUACUGUGCGUACGAGACUGAUCUCUCCAGCACCCUUCCAGCUUUCACAGAGAAUCCUCAUUGCCAAAGAUGUGGCUUGUCUGCAGCAGAAGGUGAUAUGAAGAUGGAUGAUGACCUUGCAGCUUUAUUUGCUAGUAAGAUGGCUAUGACCAAUGCACCAAUACAGCAAACAACGGUCAACUUGCCCCAUACCCAAGCUUCUAACCCAGCAAGCCCAACCCUUCCAUCAUCCUCUGCUGUGCACAGUAUCACUCAGCAUUACCACCAUUCCUCUCACCAGGCGGCCCCUGGCCCCCAUAGCAAUGCAUCUACAGACACCGAUUCUGAUGCCAUGCAACAAGAACACGCAAACAUACCAAAUCCUACCCCCGCAUCUACAUCUGCAUUCUCACCCGAAGAUAUGCUCAGAAGCUAUAACAUCGACCCCAGCACCCUUUAUCCCUCUCAGAUAACCUUGUUCAGCCAAGCUGCUCCUGAGCAGAAGUUUCGUCUCAUCGAGUUAUGGCGUAUAUCCCCUGGCACAGUCAAUCCAGCCGUUAUGGCAAACAUACUUCCCAGUCAAGGUGCCCAUAUCGUCCACACAGGCUUUCUUUCAAACCUCACAAACACGCAAAGCAAACCCCAAUCAUGCGGUGGUGACGAUAUGAUGAUGGAUGACGAGAAGAUUGACAUCGACUCUCACGAUGCUGAGCCAUACGUUCUUUCUGGUUACGAACGCCUUGCACAGCAGGAAUACGAAAGCCAAAGUGCACCAGCAUCCACGUCCCCUCUUUCAAGUCAGACUUAUAACCAGGCCACGGAUCCGGUUUAUAAGGGAAGUGAAUGGCAACAACAGCAGCAACAUCGUGCCAUGGAAAACCAAUACGGUGAACUCCAGAUGAAGAAGUACUACUUUGGCUGCGGCAUUUCGAGAGCUCAUUGGCUUGAGGAUGAGCAGAUGCUAUAG